GGGUGUUACAUAUUCUCUGAACCUUCCUCGAGAAAUGUUAUCGGAACCAAGUGGAUCUUCAAAAACAAGACUGAUGAGUUCGGGAAUGUGACACGGAACAAGGCGAGACUAGUAGCUCAAGGCUACACUCAGACUCAAGGGAUUGAUUUUGAUGAAACCUUCGCCCCCGUUGCUAGACUUGAAUCAGUACGCAUAUUCCUAUCUAUUGCAUGUCUAAUGAAAUUCAUUGUUUAUCAUAUGGACGUGAAGUCUGCUUUUCUGAAUGGGAUACUACAUGAAGAGGCUUACGUGAAGCAGCCUGAAGGGUUCAAAGAUCCCAAGAAUCCGAAUCAUGUCUACAGGCUUAAGAAAGCAUUGUACGGAUUAAAGCAAGCUCUUCGUGCGUGGUAUGAACGUCUUACCAUGUACCUUCUGGAAAAGGGAUUCAAGAGAGGAGGAGUAGAUCAGACAUUCUUUGCUCUUCGAACGAAUGUCGACCUAUUGGUUGUACAAAUCUAUGUCGACGACAUCAUCUUUGGAUCAACUUCUAAGAAGCUGGUCAAUCACUUUGUGAAACUUAUGUCGUCUGAAUUCGAGAUGAGUCUCAUCGAUGAACUUUCGUACUUUCUUGGACUUCAGCUAAAGCAAGGUAAAGAUGGUAUUUUCUUGCAUCAGGGUAAGUAUGCAAAAAACCUUGUUAAAAA